UGCCCUAAGUAGAUUGUUAUUUCUUUGUUAGAAACUUUGUUUUUUUUAUUAGGUUCGACUAGUGAGAUAAAUGUAGAUACAGUUAGUAUAAAUGAUUCAACAUCGAUUACAAAUAAUCAAAAGAAUAAUGAUGAAUCAACAGUUAUUGAUGAUAAUAAUGAAGUUAAUAAAAUAAAUUUACAAUCGACUAAUAAAAAUUCAAUCGAUAUAAAUAAUAGAAGUGCUACAGCUACUCAAUACGGUAUAUAUGAUGUAGAGAAUGAUUCAACAACAAUAAAUAAAAAUCAAUUAACUGAAUCAAAACUUCCCGAUUAUCCAAGAGCAAAUUUUAAUUCAAAUGAAUCAUCAAUGAAUAUAACAGAAAAAUUAGAACGAGCAUUAUCGAAUAUAGCACCAUUUUUACGUGAUAUAUUUAUAGAAUUUUCACAUAUACUUACAAAAACAUUAGUUGGUUCACAUGGACAAGAAUUAUUACCUAAUGGUUUACAUGCACUUAAACAAACAGCAUCAGUUGUUGAACUUGUUAUGCUUUUAUUUAAUGAAGGACGUUUAUUAUCACAUGCAAGUAAAGAUCAUGUUGUUAAAGUAGCUAAUGAAGCUGAUUUUAUACUUAAUCGUAUGCGUGCUGAUGAUAUACGUAAAGCAAGUGAAUUUGAACAAUUAUCAGCACAAACAACUGUUGAACGUAAAUCAGAAGAACAAUUAUAUCCAUGGGAAGAUGAUUUAAGACGACGACGACGUUUAAUACGUAAUCCAAAUGGUUCUAUACAUAAUGAAGCAACACAAAAAUCAUCAUUUAAUGGUAUUAAUGAUGAUAUAAUAAUAUAUUUUAUACAAGAAGAAAAUUUAUUAAAACAAUUAAAACAACAAAAAA